CACGGGGCUCGGGGAAGAUGGCCGCGCUGACAGCAGAGAACUUUGCGGCGCUCCAGAGCCUGCUGAAGGCCUCCUCGAAAGAUGUGGUCAGACAGCUGUGCCAAGAGAGCUUUUCCACUUCAGCCCUUGGCUCGAAAAAACUCUUGGAUAUUACGUGUUCCAGCUUGUCUGUGACGCAGGAGGAGGCAGAGCAGCUGCUCCAGGCUCUGCACCGCCUAACCAGGCUGGUGGCCUUCCGUGACCUGUCCUCCGCCGAGGCGAUUUUGGCUCUCUUUCCUGAAAAUUUCCACCAAAACCUCAAAAACCUGCUGACAAAAAUCAUCCUAGAACACGUAUCCACGUGGAGAACUGAAGCCCAAGCAAAUCAGAUCUCUCUGCCGCGCCUGGUUGACCUGGACUGGAGAGUGGAUAUCAAGACCGCCUCAGACAGCAUUAGCCGCAUGGCCGUGCCCACCUGCCUGCUCCAGAUGAAGAUCCAGGAAGAUCCCAGUCUGUGUGGAGACAAGCCCUCCGUCUCGGCUGUCACCGUGGAGCUGAGUAAGGAAACGCUGGACACCAUGUUAGAUGGGCUGGGCCGCAUCCGAGACCAGCUCUCUGCUGUGGCCAGCAAAUGACCCCAGCCAGCUGCCAGCCCCACCGCCAGGCCCCAGCUGCUCGUCCGCGAGGG